UCGUUCCUGAAUCCUUGAUGGAAACUCUCGUUACGCAACUGAUAGCACGGAGGUUGGAUCGUAAAAUAAUGUAAAACUUGAUCGAUUUUGUUUGCAUAUUACGGUACAGGUCUUCGUCCUACUGAUUGAGGACAAAUACGUUGAACUUUGGAUGAUGCGACUUUUCGGUUAAUCCUGUUAGAACAUCAAGUUUUCCUCGAUUGUUCCAUUACGUUUAGAACUGGUAGAUGAUUUAAGAGAUCUACGAGUAUUUCAAGAAAUUCUAUUUAUGACAUUAUGAGCGUUACCUCGAAUUUAACAAAACCGGAAAGAGUAAUAGAUAUAGUCAUUGUUUUGCCACAGAGGAUAUCCCUUUGCGUCAAUUAAGUUGCGCGCUGAGUAAAGUGAUCAUGUCACGGGAUUCUGUUAUUAAUCACACGUCUUAGAAUAGUAACGAUCGUAACGGUGUAUUGGGAAUCUCUAAGGGAGGAAACUGACUCGGUUAUCAUUCAUAAAUCUUGCAACAUUCUUCUUCCUUCAUAUAUUCACGAUUAUCUAAUUUGUUGAAUUUACAAAGCUUUGGGUCUUUCUUUGAUCGGAUCCCUAAGCGAAGUGAAUGAUUUUGUUUACAGCCGCUAUUCUUGUACGUAACGCAUAGAAUGAAACAAACGAAACACGUGCGAAGAUACGAGGCACGAGUUAUUUAACAAGAUCGCGAGACAAGAUCGAGUAGGUGGCGGUUUGCCAAAUCGAAGUACAAGCAAACAUCUGUUCACGUACGAUGUACCGUUAACGAUUUUGAAGCAGAAGCCUGCCUGUGAUUCACGGGGUUUAUCUACAAAUGUGCGAAGCUUUAAGCGGAUCCAUAAAGUAAACGACAAGUGGGUCCAGGUGAUAACAUUCUAAAAUCCUGGUAACGUCGAGAGUUUCAGAAAUUUCAAUGCAACAAAAACUCCGUUUCCGCGUUUGUUGUGAUUCUGGCUCGCCCGGCGUUAUCGAUUCCUCGUUGAGUUAUAAACAAUACCAUGUGUGUACUAUCUAGCUGUCUGAUAAGAGACCGUUAAAUUUAUAUUUUAAGUUUAGCGUGAGAGUGGUGGUAAUUAUACGCGGGACGUAUCAAUAGAAGAGAAGUCGAAGUUCGAGUUUGAUAUAAACGCGUUCCUCCUCUUCUUAUCAGAAGGUUAGCCGAUCGUACUGACAAAACAUGUCUUGAUGAGAGCUACGGGAUUACACGAAUAUAGCGUGAAAGCCUUUCGAGGUGAUACGGAAUUAAAUACCGUGCGUGUCGCAGUGAUUUAUUAAGUUAUUUGUUCGUUGGAACCGGUGAAUCUGUUCGGAACUGGAGGAUAUGAAUGCGAUCCACCGUUCUUCAGGGAACGGCCGAGGAUGGAAUCUUUGACGUACGGUUGAGAAGCCGUGGCAAUUCCCAUGCAUCAGGAUACUUUGCACGAUUGCAUAAAUAUUACACAUGGAACUGUAGGACUCUGAAUGGAUUUCGAAUGUGCGUGAAUCUCUGUCGAUGCAUGUGACCUCACGCAUGGAGCACGUGUGCAAGCUUUUCCACGUAUAAAUACUCUUCUGGCAGCAGGAAAGUCUCAGUCGGUCGCCUCUCGAUACUAGUUCGUGUCGGUGGUACGUGUAAUUUGUGUUGAGAAGACGCGAUAGGAGGGUGUUCACUCGGAAAUCGCUCCACGAUACUGGAAAAACUUGGUGCACGUGACUUCGAGCAGGUAGAUCCGAUUGUAGGGAUAAGCAACAGUGUUCGACCGUCCAGAAUCAACGUACCAGGAACAAGGCAUGAAAAAUAGAUCAUUGAAAACCUCCCUGUUAAGGUUGAUGAUACUCGUUCCGUUGACCCUAGACAACAUGGUCCUAUCGGCGGCGGUGAACAGCGGUGGUCAUCAUCAACAAGUAUCCAGGAGGAUUCAUCUGCCCCGUGCUGUGAACAUGUCGAAGAAGUUUACCUGCGGUGAACCGCAAUCACGAGCGUACAACUUGAGGGACUUGAUGCAAAACGUCCACAAAAAUCCCAGUGAAAGCGCUAUUCAACCUGUGUACAUCGUCCUGAAACGUUGCGACGGUCACUCGGGAUGUUGCAUGAGCUCCGACAUGAGCUGUUCGCCGGUGGAAUCCUCGAUCUAUUACGAAGAAAUGGAAAUCGAGAUCUGGAGCCUCGAGACCAACAGCACGAGGAGACAGUGGAUCAGGGUGGAGCAACACGGCAGGUGUUCGUGCCAAGUAACUACGAUCAACGACCGUUAUCAGCUGGAGCAUCAACAACCUAACGUAAUACUUAUUUGAUCUUACUUGAUCAAAUCGUGGACAAUUGUUUCAAACACUUUAACGAGUAUGAAUUAUUAUAAAUGAACGAUAUUAUCGACUUAUACAGAGAUACAAAAGACUACCGAUAGAUCGGAUCAAUCGAAUAUGUGAUCAUCUUUUCUAAUUUUAACGAUUACCUAGGACGAUAAGUCAAUACACCGGCUCGAUAGAACGCGAGCAUUUCGAGCGUAGAACGUAUAAAUUGGCUUAUAGCCUAACAACGUGAUGAUAACUUUUCAACGCCUACAUGUCGGAGAAUCAUCGGUAGAUACCUGUUUUACUAUAAUCGAAUACUGCAUUUUCCAUUGAAACGUUAAAGUCACAGAACAAAUGAAAUCGUAGAUUCACUAAGAUGCCCGAUGGGACACUUAUAUUUAAAGAAGAAACUUAAAAGAGUCGCAAUAGUAAUCGGAAAACAUUGAAAUUUAAUGACAAUUACAAUGUACAUGACUCGUUCAACUAGUCAUAUUUAGCAUUUUGUUUUUCGAUUACUCGCAAUAGCGUUAAACAAAAUGAAGGGUACCAAAAACGUAUUACUAUUUUAGAAAUCAUUGUAAAACUCUUUUAGCGAAGUGUUCGCUAUUCGCCCAUUGUGAUAUUAUUUGGCCGAUAUCGUAAUAACAUCAAAACUAAGUUAUUAAGGUAUUUCAUGUUUGUCGUAAUGCAAAAUGUAUAAGUUGCUACAUAUGUUUACGAAUUCAUGAUAAUUCCAGUAUUUAUAAACGUUUGUCGGUAAUUCAGAAGGCACUCUCGAAAUAA